AUGGAGCCACAACACCACUACGCAGACGUACGUUCGCAGGACCAUCACCAUGAUGACGACUCAUCAACUGAGGUCGAAUCUUUGGUUGGGGGAGAGAAGCAAUGGGCAGCUGGCGAAUAUCACAGCAGAGCACCACCGUCAAAAAGAAGGAUAAUGUGCCCGCCGCUGGUGGCAGCGAUGCGAUGGGUCUUAGUGAUAGGACUACAACUCGUGAUCAUCGGGCUGUUGGCUAGAGACCAGGGCAUGCUCGAUUCAACACGAUGGAAGGCUCGUUCGACAAGCGCGAACGAUGUCGGUGGGGAUAUCACUGGAUGGUCACCACACAUCCCUACGCAGAUCACCAAGUUCGAGAUAAAUCAGACAUUUGCACCCUACAAUACAUCGGAGUUCUUCAAGCCAGAAGUACUUCGGGCAUGGAACGAGCUCUUGCCUGUCGGCAUGGGCUUCCAGAGCAUCCCAGAUCCAGAGAACUACCAUGAUCUCCCCACCCCCAUCGUCUGGCCUAAUGCCACUGUCUUCACGACAUCGAUGACACACCAGCUCCACUGCCUCUACGCUGUCGUCGCAGUCUACUCUGGAAUGACCUCCGGUCACGAGCUCGAAGAAGACCAUCACUGGCACAUGAUUCACUGCUUCGACUACAUGCGCCAAGCUAUCAUGUGUAGCGCGGAUAUGGCUCUUGAAGGGCUAGAGACGACAUUUCCCGAUCAUAACGGAGGUAGUGAUGGCUGGGAUAGCAAGCAUGUCUGCAAGGAUCCCAAGAAAGUUAGAGAACGGCUGGAAAGUGUGAGAGCGUACGAUGAUCAAGAGAUCUUUUGA